AUGAACUGCUCACUGUUAGAUGAUGAAGAGUACGAAGACGAUAUAGCCAGGAUGAUUCCACUUAGGACAGCGUAUGGGCAGAAAGAAUUUACAGAUGAUCGAAUAAUAUGGGAUUGGAUCAAAUACAACAUAAGAGCUCGUGCCAUUCAAUACUCUAAAAGAAAGGCAAAAGAAAGGGGAAAAAAAGAACUCGACCUUCAGGAAGAAUUAAGUAAAGCAAAGAGAAAACUUGAAAAUAAUCCAAACGACCUUAACAUAACCUAUUAUAACGUAGUUCAGGUGAGGUUGGAGAUGUUUUACGAAGAAAAAACCAAAGGCGUAAUAAUAAGAGCACGUCCUAGAUGGCAUGAACAUGGAGAGAAAAGCACAAAAUAUUUUUUAAACUCAUAGGAAAAGGAACCAAGUUAGAAAACAUAUAAGAAAACUGUGCAUAAAUGGUAAAAUCACAACGAAUCCGCACUGUAUACUAAAAGAACAAGAGCGUUUUUACAGAGAAAUGUACAAAAUCAGCAUUAAUAGUCCUAAUAUAAGAGAGAAAAUAUCUGAUUAUUCCCCAACCUUCGGAGGAGCAAAAACAUUCCUGUGAAGGAUUAAUUUCUCCAGAAGAAUGUUCUGAACUCUUGGUUAGCUUUCGGAGUAAUAAAUCGCCCGGAAAUGAUGGCAUUCCCGAUGAAUUCUAUAGAAAAUUUUGGCCACUAAUAAGCGAACGUUUUAUCAGGUGCGCAAAUGAAUGCUUCUUAAAAGGGGAAAUGUCAUGCUCACAAAAACAGGCUGUAAUUAAUCUGCUUGAGAAAAGCGGAAAAGAUCGUACUCUCCUCGAAAACUGGGGGCCAAUAUCUCUUGUUAAUGUGGAUACGAAAAUUAUGUCCAAAGUGAUCGCUGCGAGGCUUAAAAAGGUGUUACCCAGUAUCAUUCACUACAACCAGACUGGUUAUGUUAAAGAUCGUUUUAUUGGUGAAGCAAUAAGUUCUAUUUUCGAUAUCACUGAUUUCACAGCUAAGGAAAACAUCCCAGGUUUAUUGCUGUUUAUAGAUUUUCAAAAACUUUUGAUAGUGUGUAAUUGGAAUUUCUCAUUGAGAGUCUUAAAAAGCUUAACUUUGGUCGAGACUUCCUUCAAUGGGUGAAAACCUUCUAUAACAACAUUCAACGCCGUGUUAUAAACAGUGGCGUUAGUUCUAACUUUUUUAGCGGAGCUCUCGCGCGCGAAGCGCUCCAGCGGAGCACAACGGGUAAGAAAAUGAAGUAAUCUACCCAUCCGAGAAAAUUUGGUAAUCACGUGACCGUACACCGACCGACCGCCCGAGAGACCGUCCGUCUGCACCACAGGCAUACCAACGUAAAAUAACUCGAUCAACAGGUAUGGCAACCCGAAUGCAACUCGAGGUUAUUUUGGCGGGAAAUCGCAUAGCCACCGGCGUCUUGUAAAGAAAAGAGAACAAAGAGUCAAUAAAGACGAAACGGAAAGCGGAAAUUGUUUCUGUAUCCGUGUUGUCUAAAGUAUUAAGCCUAGAUAAAUUGUCAUGUUCACAAAUCUGGAAUAUAGAGCAAGAGAAAGUGGGCGGCAGGCCAGCGAAGCUUAACGAGAAAAAGGGCGACAUCAGGGAUUUAGAGCGAGAGAUAAAAAACCGAAGGAGACAUUUUUUUGUUGGAAGAACAACAUGAAAAUUUUGUAGCGGCGGUGACAAAAUGAGAAAUGCUAGCGGCCACCAAUGCAAGGUGAAAAUGAGCGGCAGUGAAAAAAAGUGAACGGGAACACGUACGACAUUUCCUUCUUAAAUUAUUUAAAGUACUUAACACAUUCGAAAUUCGCUCUGGACUCAAGGUUAACUGUUCAAAAACUGAAGGUUUGCGGAUUAGAUCUAAGAGACAUUAUAAAGAAAAACCAUUUGGUAUUAAAUGGCCGGAUGAGCCAAUAAAAGCUUUAGGUGUAUAUUUUACUUACGACCAAAAAUUGCUUAAAGAAAAGAAUUCUAUUGAAAGACUGGACUCAAUUUAAAAACUUAUUAAUAUAUGGUCCCCUAGAGGCCUGUCAAUAUACAGUAAGGUGAAAAUAAUCAAAUCUUUUGUUAUCCCUAAGUACAUUUACGUUUGCUCGAUCCUUCCAACCCCCAAGGAAUUGCUAAAAGAAUUGAAUGAAAUACUGUUUAAAUUUCUCUGGAAAAGAGUAGAUAAGGUAACAAGAGCUUCAGUUAUAAACGAAUACGAAGAGGCAGGGCUAAAAAUGGGAGAUCUCGAGUGCAAGGUUAAAUCAUUGCGAUUAGCUUGGUUAAAACGUAUCUUUAGUGGGAUUAAUGGAACAUGGAAAACCUACCUACAGCACAUACUGAGCUCCGUUGGGGGAUUGUUCUUUUUUAACUGCAACUACAAUAUCUCGGAUUACACAAUUCCUUUUCAAUUUUAUCGAGAACUAUUAUUAUGGUGGUCACAACUUCCUGAAACGUUUGCCACUGAAGAAGAUUGGAAAACCAUAAUCUGGAAUAACAAAGAAAUAAAAGUAGAAAACAAGCCGGUUUAUUUUUUAACAUUAUGAUAAUUCGAGAGUCAUUUGCAUUGAAGAUCUUUUAUUUAGUCUGAAUACAGGCCUGGUCUGAACAGUACUGAUUCUGAUAAUCAACUGUCUAAAAAAAUAUGCAAAACAAAUAUUUUAGAAUGGGCUGGCUUACGUAGGUCCAUUUCACUAUUGCUAAGAAGCUAUGACAGGUAUCCCUCCAUAAACUCACCGACAUUUGUGUUGGGUGACAACAUUUUUGAUGUUACGAAAGGGAAAUCAAAGGGUUACUACACCCUACUCAUCAGAGAAAAAGCUAAACCGCCGAAAAUUAAUUGUUCAAAAGUUACAGAGUAACUUUCAUUUUAACAGCGACCAUCUGAAGCAAAUAUUUAAGCUGCCAGACUCUAUCGUUGUCGAAUUGUAUGUUAAAGCCCACCAGUACAAAGUAAUUACCUCAAUUCUUUACACAGAUACAAAGUUGUAUAAACCACAGGUAGCCCAAGCUCGAAAUAUGAGCAUCGGCGAGCAUCGGCAUUCAAAAUAUAAGGAUUUGUAUGGAAAAAAAACCUAUCGUUUCUGUAACCCAUGAAAAUGAAAAUAUUUCAAUAAAAAACAGCUUACCUUACUUAAAAUGUGUGUUACGUCUCUCCUGUGUGGUCCACGGGACGAUUUAUGGCCGUUUUAUGGGUUCUUAUGUAAAUGGUUUUCCCUCUAUAUAAAGGUAAAGGUAAACCCGCCUUUGUAUAGAGGGAAAACCGUUUACAUAAAAACCCAUAAAACGGCCAUAAAUCGUCCCGUGGACCACACAGGAGAGACGUAACACACAUUUUAAGUAAGAUAAGCUGUUUUUUAUUGAAAUCCUUUCAUUUUCGUAGGUUACAGAAACGAUAGGUUUUUUUCCCAUACAAAUCUUUAUAUUUUGAAUGCCGAUGCUCGCCGAUGCUCAUAUUUCGAGCUUGGGUUACCUGUGUAUAAACUAGGUUUUGGAACAAAUGAUUUAUGUACCUUCUGUGACAAUCAACCCGAAUCAUUAACCCAUUUGUUCUAUCACUGCUCACGUUCUAAACAGUUUUGGACUGAAUUUAAAUUAUGUUGGUGCCUUAUUUCGAAUCAACGAAUUCGUCUCUGCUUAGAACAAUGUGCCUUUUGGAAUUUUGACGGAAAAUGCUUGCCCUUUACUUCAAUUGCUGAACUAUUUUAUAAUUAUUGGAAAACUCUAUUUGUGGGACUGUAGGAGCAAUUAAAUCCUUCCAAACAUCUAUGGAUUUAAGGCGAAGAUCAUCGCUAAAUAUGAAAGAGAAAAAAAAAUCAGCAACAAAGAAUUCUUUAAAAGAAAGUGGAUACUAACACCUUAUUUAAGUUAACUGUCUUAACUCCGUAUUAUUUAAUUGCCCUGUUGUACUCUUUUCUAACUUCUUUUAGCCUUGUAUUAAUUUAACAAUGAAUUUCGCUUUACUCUGUCUACGUCUAUAGUUUAAAUGCUUUUUUGUAGUAUUGUAAAUGUAAUUAUCUAAUGUGAUUAUCAAUAAAUAUAUUUUUAAAAAAAAUUGAAGGCGUUUUUUCAUCUUUUGUUUUUAACCAUGGAAGGAUGCUUCUUUGCCACAAGACCCGUUUUUGAAUUGCGCUUGGCAAGAGCCGUUUUAUUAACGUUUUUCUUUUGCCACAUUUCCUUUUUAGAAUGAUGGUAAUGGUAAAUCCACGGAGAACGUUUUCGUUCAAUUUCCAGUCCGCCCUUGACAGCUCCGUCGAUUAUGUCCCAGUCUUUGCUGCCCCAUGUUGUUUUGUAGCGAAAUUCCUUUGAAAAUCUCCCAAAGUUGUCCCCGUCCUGUUUGUAAGUGGCUAUUGUCCCAUAGCUAUAGUGGUACCAAGAUCCCCUUUGUAAUUUACCAUUCAAAAGAAAAUUCUUCCAAAACUUAAAACACCGUAAUAUAAACUUAUCCUUCGCCGAAAGGCGAUGAGUCUUCUCCGCAUGAGGCAAAAAUGUACCUGUCGGGUAAGACAAAGUUUACAAUUAACAAUUUAUUUCUUUUGUUCUAAAAUAUGUCAUUUAAUUAGUUGUGUCCUUGUGUUGAUCGUUAUUUUUUAAGACAAUAGAACAAUUAUUCAUAAAAUAAAGUGAUACUUUUUGCUCAUAAAAAAAUGCCGUUUCUAGCAUACUGAGAGGCAAAUAUACUGAUCAUUCAAGUAAUGGAAUCCAGGCCAGUCUGUAAAGUCCGGAUUCCAGAUACUGGUUUCCAGUUUUAGGGCCUGUUUACAUGAAGGUGGGGUACCCCAGAUAGGUGAGGUAACCCGCUUAGGUGGGGUAACCCGCCUGUCCAUAUAAUCUCUCAUUUUAAUGUCAUCACGUUUAUAUGUUAGGUGGGGUAACCCGCCCCAUGUUACUUCACCUACCUGGGAUCCCCCACCUUCAUGUAAACAGGCUCUUAGUCAGUCAGUACUUGGAUUUUGCAUUCCAAUCGUAUUGGGAUUCCGGAUUCAUUGAGCUGCAUUAUUCCACAUGCAAAAUUCUCCCGGAUUCCGAAAUCCGAAUUCCCUUACAUGGGGCGAUACUGAGCUAGAAGUGUUUUGAUUUGCUGAAAGCGAAUACUUUUUUUGAAACACAGAGGAAAAUUCGAUUGUUGUUGAGCCGCGUCCGAGUUUUACAAAUCACUGUAUAUUGUAGUUGAGUUCAUGCUGAUACUGGCCGUUUUCUUUUUCUGCGCUAAAAAUGGUCUUUUUUGAUUAAUUAUGAACGGGACCCACGGGUAAUAUUUACCGCACGAAUUUUUCAGCCUCGACAUAUAUGGCAUAUAUGUUCGAUCGAAAGCCUCUCUACUAAACCACCCACAGAUUCGCCUUAGCGUGCGGUCAUUGGCUCCUGUCCUCCGUAAUUUCAGUGUCAUUACUUUUCAUUGUCUUGGUCCUUUCCCUUAUAAAAACGUCAUAAAAAAAGAGAACUCAACCAACAUUCAGCCGUUUUGACCUGAUGGGUGUCGAAAUCUUUAAGGAGGGAGGGAAUCCCCCUCACCACCAACUCUCCACCCUUCUCGCCCGUUCAAAAAAUGGCCGAGCGAAGCAAAGCAAAGCGCAGCCUGGGGUGAGAAAGAAACCAAGAUGGCGGCCAGUAGCGUGGGAAAGCUUCGAAUGGAAUCACGUACUUUUGGACUAAAAAACAUGCUUCUCGAUGUCCAAAUACCGUACAUCGUAUUUUUAAGCGCAUGGCUUAUUUAUUUGUAUUUAAAAGGAUGGCUUGAAAAGUCUGAAUAGCUCUGGUAUGUUACAAGGGAACUUUCAUUUCCAUUUUGGUAAGUAAAAGAAGUUUCAUUUUAAUCAAACAGUCAAUCUGCAGCUAGUUAAAGAUGCUGUUUCUUGAGCUAGGUUGACGAGGAGGGGGGGUAGUUAUCAGAUCUCUGGAGGUUGGUCUUUCUAUCAAUAAUAGUGAACUUACGUAAGAGGCCGGGUCUAAAAUACAGAUCACUUUCCACAGGUCAAGAGUACAAGUCACUGCUCCAUUGAUAAACUACCAAAACCACACAGAUUCCCCUUGAUCUGAUAGAGCAUUUUGUUAUAAGAUUAGAGCUAUGAGACACUGUUUAUCUAUCUGUAUCAUAGUGACCUGUGCUCUGACCAACAACAACAACAACAACAACAACAAUGUAUUUAUUUAAAGAAAUAUAAAGUUUACUGUUUUAUGUCCUGCAAAUAGCUAUAAUGCUAAUCUAGGCAGGACAAAACUUUAAAUAAAGGCGUUAUUAAAUUACAUAAGAAAAAAGAAAAGAAAAGAAAUACAAAUACAUACAGAUAGAAAUGCCUUACAUAUAAAUUCAAGUACAGGGGAUUUUGUUAUUUGAAAAGGACUAAAAUUACAGGUGGAGGUAUAUACAGCAUAUCGGUUAACUUCACAAAAUAUUCUAUUAAAUAAUUCACAUUCAAAUAAUUAUCUUCAUUACCUAGAACAUUAAGGAGUAGUGGUUUAAUUUUUUUUUACGAAAAUUAGAUAUGUUGAGAGUCUUGAAAGUGAAAUAGAAUUCCAGAUAGACACACCAAUUCUAAUAAAAAGAUUUUUUCAUUUUUUCAGUUCUAGGGAAUUUGACAGAAAAACAUUCUUUUGCCGAUAAUCGCAUAUUAUAAUGAUGUUUUGUAUUGAUUUUCACAAACUUAUCGAGAAGAUUUUUAGGAGCUGUCUUAGCAUGAAUGUCAUAUAUUAAAUAGCUUAACGGUUGAAAGAACAAAGACUGCAAAGGAAGGCAGUUUGAUUCAAUAAAAAAGGGAUUGCAUGGUCUCUGGGUUUAGAAAAAUAAAUCAAACGCAGUGCACGUUUUUGCAGAAUAAGUAUCUUAUUGAGGUAGGUCUGUGGACAGUUUAAUAAUUUAAAUAAGGAGCAAUCACUGCAUGAUAUAAAUUCAAAAGAAGAUGCAGUGGAAUGUAAUGCUUCAUUUUAGCAAUUAUUCCAACCGAUCUACUAAUUUUGUGACAGAUAAAGUGAAUUUGAUGCUUCCAUGAUAGUUCAGAAUCAAUCAUUAUACCCAAAUAUUUAACAAAGUCCUUCAUCUCUAGAAUUACUUGAGUAUUUAAAGUUGGAUUAAAAAUCUUAAUUUGAGGAAUGAAAGGUAUUCUUUUUUGGUGCGGACGAAAAAUGACAUAAUUAGACUUUCUGACGUUGAGCGUUAGUUUGUUAGCAUUAAGCCAUUCACUUACUUUCUGAAGCUCAUUGUUGACUGUUAGUUCAAGAGUACAUAAGUUUCUUUGCAUAGGUUAGACUUGUAUCAUCUGCGAAUAGGUAAAAAGUAAAUUCCUUGGAAGCUUUAUGGAUGUCAUUAAUACAUAACAAAAAUAACAAGGGUCCAAGUACAGAGCCUUGAGGCACUUCACAUACGAUUGUUUCAGUUUCAGAUAUGCAUUUGUCUAUUUCAAUCGACUGUCGGCGAUCUGAAAGAUAUGAUCUAAACCAAGAAUUUAUAACUCUUCUUAUUCCAUAGUGUUCAAGUUUUGUCAAAAGAAUCUCAUGGUUAACAGUAUCAAAUGCUUUCUUAAGAUCUAUAAAAAUUCCACAUGGCUACUUUCUAUUGUGCAUAUUAGAAUGUAUGGUGUUCACAAAAUCAAGAAUCGCGUGCUGGGUACUAUGUUUAUUGCAAAAUCCAUAUUUUAAAUCAUAAAGAAUAUCAUUCUUGCCUAUAAACUUUAUCAGUCUACGAUAAAUCAACGAUUAUAAAUUGAUAACAAAGAAAUUGGCUGAUAGUGACCUGUGGAAAAGUUAUUUGUACUCUAGACCCGCCAUACAGUUUCAGACAAAAAUAGUUGGGACACUUUCGUCAAAUGCUGUUUUUUCUCUUCUCUCCUGUCUCCUUGUAUUCCCAAUGUUGUUUAUCGCAGUUAACUUACCAAAUCUUCCACACAUACAUUGGGAAGGCAAGAAGACAGUAAAGUGCCCCAACAAGUUUGACCGAGACUGUAUUAUGAGGUAGUAGUCGUAAGCAAACACCAUCAACCUAAGAGGCAAUGGUGGAAGGUGGGAGGUGGCGAGGGGAAUAGUCAAGGCUGUGCUGAGAGAAAUAUUAUAGUGAGCCCCAAGAGCUCUAACCUGUGAAAUCUGGGCUGCCCAGGGUUUUGUCACCCAUGGGCAAAUUAAAGUAAGUCCCUUUCGGCCAUAGGUAAUUGUUACAAGAGUACAGGCCUGGUAAUAAACAAUAAUAGUUAUUGUUUGAGGGUUAUAUUUUGUGAUACCCAGAACAAUCAAGGUAGAGGUGGACUGAUAACACUUUACCAAAACCUUGAUUAUUGGGAAUACAGUGGAACCUCUCCUUUGGGACACCUCUAUUCAAGGGACACAUCCAUUCAGGGGGCACAAAAUUUGGUCCUGGAAUAAUGCCCACAUAAUCUUUGUAUCCAUUAUCUCUGUUGAAGGGACACCUCUAUUCAGGGGAAAGGGACACAUCGUCUGGGUCCCGAAACCUGGGUUUAUACUCCAUUCAGGGGACAUGACUGACCACAAAAAGGGUUGAUAACUUUUAACGCAGGGGUUGGUAUAAAAAGGUUCCCCCCCCAGCUCAAUCAAAUUUUAAAAGAGAUUUGAAACAUGUCAGUGGUAAGCUGUGCGAUGUGAGAAUCCACUUUACUCUCAUUCUUGGAAAAAAUCAAACAUAAAAAAUAAAAAUUAACUUAUGCAACAUCAUUGUAACAUGCAAUUUGUAUAGGUAAUAGCAUGAUUUGUAGUGAUAUUUGGCAUAAAUACCACAAGCGAUGUUUCGAAAUUGUUAUACGUAAUUUCAUGAGCAAUUAGGUGAGUGAAAUUUGAGACAAUUUUAAAAAUAUCACGAGUGGUAUUUAUGCCAAAUAUCAUGUACAAAUCAUGCUAUUAUUUGUUUAUACUGCUAACCGCAAUGGUUUUGUAAUUUUCACAUGUAGGUACUGGUAUUUCAAAUUAAGCUGAAAUACCACUGCUCUAAGCCAAUCAAAUUGCAGAAAUAUCCCAUGUAGUAGUAUAAAUGAUUGUAAUGCGAAAGAGUUGAUAAAAAUACUGAAUGGCGAAUCCAAUGAGUCAAUGAGCCGAAAUCUUUACUGGUUUUCGCUUGGUUCUUAACUUGGUUCUUGGUUCUUUCCUUCUGAUACAUCUGUUACAAAGUACCUUAGAGUUAGUUAAAUAGAAUGAGUGUGUUGUGAUAAGAGCGUUUCUCGACCCAGAAAUGUGAACAUUCGGGAAGAUUUGUUCUACUACAUGAAUCAAACAGGGCCAUUGUUUGAAUGAAGCCAAUGAAACAUGCAAUACACUUCAGUUGAAUGGUUGUUUUAUUUGCAUCACAAUAACUCUGGGAGUAUACUGUACAGCAACAGAGAUUUGUAUUAUUCUUGAUAUUGAUAAUUUCCUCUUAAAGAAAAAGCUUACUGGGACUGGAACAUUGACUGACAUUUCUAUGGCACAUAAAAAUAAGUUCCACUCUCAAUUCCUCUGUGUCAGCGCACCACCAUAAAUACUUCUUACUUCAUUUCCCCACACUUAGACGGUUACCUGACAUCACAAAUACAAUUGACAAUGGCCAAAAGGUAAAAGAAAUGAUAUGCAAUGAACUGUUUACUUGGACACAAACCUUUUUUCUGGGAAAAGCCAAUAUUCUUCUACCGUAGCGAUCGAGUCUUCCGCGACGAUUGUUCAAAGCUGUGUAUAUGUGAUACGCAUUAUCCUGGUGGAUAGUUGCUUUUUGAUUCAACUAAAGACCAACAGGAACAGGUUUUCCAUAAGUAUUCUUUAUUUUGACCAAUGUUAAAGUGCAACAUAUUGCAGUAGAUAUGAUUGUUCACACAAGUGGUGGGAGAAUUAAAAAACGUGUCUGCCAUCUUGGCUGGGUAAUCGGAAACUAAUAAAAAUCUUCCUAAGGACGGUUUUCUCUUUUAGGCCCCCCCCCCCCCCAUGUUUAAGUGUAUACUAAUCACAAUGAUGUCAGAUUUUCACAAACUGAACAUCAGUUCUUGCUUAAAUCUACUGUAGGUGCCUCACUUGUGUGAAUUCAACAUACCUGUAUAUUACUUGUAAUGUCGCAGAGAUAAGUUAGUUAUUAUUUUUUUUAUAUUGUCUUUGCUUGUUAAUUAUCAACCAACCCUAGCCCAAACUCUAUUCAGGGGACAUGCACUUGCCUCAGUCUUGAGGGUGUCCCCCAAAUACAGGUUCCACUGUAUCACAAAAGCAGAAUCUAAUAAUGCUAUUAAUUGAUAAGUACAUGUAGGUGGAAUACUUAUGAUCUUCUGGGUGAGCAUAGCCCUGAAUAGGACUAUUGUUGACAGCGAUUGACAUUUUGAUACCCUGUGUGGUAGUUAUCUUCAAAGUCAAAGUGGAUUGUAUCACAUCACCUGAUGGUAUUAAACUUUGGAUAUUGACCCCAUAGGUCAUUAAAUCCGCAAUUUUAUGGGUCAUCGGUCAGUUAAACCAUGAUAUUCUUGGCUAUGAAGACUGCAAAUGUCAAUAGUGUAUUUGGGUCUUUUGUACAGUAACUGUUGACUACGAUUCAGUGGCAUUUGCUUUUAGUUAGUAAUCCAGCUUUCUAAAGUGAGUUGUUGAUAGUAUUCUGUAAACAGAGUCCCAGUCGAUUUGAUGUUUUGUCUGUAAAAUAAUGGUGUUCAUCAAUGUGAUUGUUGACAACACCAUUUCUUAUUGCGUCCAGGUGCCUACAUGGCAUAGAAAAUAGUAGUUUUUCAUAGAAAUCUGAUGCCAGGCACCCUGGAUUUCACAGGUUCUGAGCAUUGGGCUCCUUUCCAUUUUUCUUAGAGCACAGCCUUUUUGUUGUACAAUUUUACCCUGGAUAGUCAUGCAUGAUAAGGAGAAUUUCAAUCAGAAUAAAAGUUCAUGAAAAUAAUAUUUAAUAGAUCUAAUAUUGAUGCCUCAUAUAUUAUAGUGAUUAAUCCUUUGUUUUCUCUUCAUAAAAUUUUAUUAUUGAGCUGUCUGAGACAUUAAUAAUCAAAUACAUUAAUUUUGUUUCUUCAACAGCAAGUUCUAGGCAAAGGAACUAAAUCAGCCUGAAGAACUUUAAGGAUUACGGCAUUGAACAAGUGCAUCCAAUCCAUGACAGUUUAGAAAACUAAGGUAAAUAAUAAUAUCUUUAAAAAAAUAUUCUACCUUAAGCUUUUAUCAAAGUAAAGGUGGAGAUUUAGCAAUGAUAAUUGCAACAGCAGCAAAAAUGUCACAUUAAAUAGAUGUCGCUUUUUAUCAGACCUUGUUAUGAUUCUUACAUGUAAUUCCAACUCACUGAAAAUGUCAAAUGUAGGUGAAUUUUCCUGGAACUGAAUUCUUGGAGACCAAAUUCAGGUGUCAUUCUGUUGUGUUUAUGUUACAGGUCAAAAUUAAAUUCAGGUUAAAAUUUUUUAACCUAGGUUGAUUCUCAAUUUUCUCCGUCUCCUAGCCCUGAUUAUUCAUGAAUUAGGGCUAGAAGACAAAGGAAAUUGAGAAUCAACCUAGGUUAAAAAAAAUUAACCUGAAUUUAAAUUUGACCUGUAACAUUUACAUCCUCCAUGAAAUGUGCUUGAGGGAAUUUCACAUUGCACAACUGUAGGUGUGCAGUAAUUGGGAAAAAGUGUACAAAAAAAGUGUGAUAUGCACAUGCAAAGUUGUUGUUUUGCUAUGCUUUAUUCACGUUUCUGUUGCUGUUGCCAUUGUCAUUGCUAAAGGUUUAUAAUGUGUCCCCACUUUCACAAACACCAAGCAAGGAAAAGUACACUGCUAGUGAAGAGCCAGUGGUCCAAAUAUUGCAAACAUAAUAUUUAAUGAUUCUUUUUCUCAUGCGUUGAAGGUUGCUUCAGGAAAUAGCAUUCAAUAACCACUUCUCAACUAACCAAUUAGAACUUUGUAAAAGACUCUUUUCACCAUUGUAUAGGCUGUGGUGUAUUAAACUUAAGGGGUUAUCUUGAAAGGAUAACCUGCUAGAUUCUCCUCCUACAUAUACAGUGUGUCAAUUAUCAAUAACAUAGCUACAUUGACAUUAUUGAACCCUGGCUAGUAACAUCUUGGAAGAAGCAUUACAAUCUUUGUUCAGGGCCCCCAACAGACUCAACUAAUUACUGGAAGUGUAUUUCAAAUUUCUGUUAAACCUGAUUGGCAAAGAAACAUUGGCUUUUUUAACAGGCCAGUCAUGGUGUGCACUGCACAGUACGGCAAAAGAUCCCCGGCCAGACUGCAAAUGAUCCUCCACAGUAAAUGAUCCCCAUUGUUGACUGCAAAUGAUCCCGACAGGAAAAUAAGAAUGGUUUGGACUCAAGUUACUGGAUCGUCACAUCUAGUUGAUUAUCACAACAAAAAAAAGUGUUAAACUGAAUAAGUUUUCCUUCGCAAAUAACUGCAAAAAAGAAAGUACAAUGCACAGACAAGCCCUGCUUUAUAGACACCUGCCUAAUAUGGACACCUCAUUAUUAUGGACAGUUUACAUUGUCAUUGGCAAAAGAAGGUCCUUACAUUUUAAUUUCUCUAAAUUCAAGCUGCUUAAUACAGACACCCCGUUAAUACUGCAUUGUCUUUCUGUGGCCUUCUUAGUCCUUAGUGUCCGUAUUAAUGUGGUUUGACUGUAUCGCUUGAGAAAACGAUUAACGAAUUUGAUCUGGUGUGACCCCCUUAGAAGAGUUCUGAUAUAAGCACAGAAGAUUAUGCUUUUUACUCUUUCCUCUGUGUCUCAUUCUCUGAGUUUGGAACUUGGUCAGAAUCCAGUCGCAAAGGCUUGAGAAAUUAACCCAAGGGUUAGUGCCAACAGCACCCUUAUAACUAGUCAUGACAUUUUCACAAACUGUAAUUGCUACAGUUUGUAGUUAAGUACAUUGAAAACUUGUUCCUGGAGUGUUAUAUCCAGGGAUCAUAUUUCUGUAUUCCUCAGCAUUAAAACAAAAAACAAGUUUCCUGCUCUCUUCCUGUCUUAAAUUUUCACGGCAACAGAACAUCAAUGCUUAAAAGAAAGAAGAAACAUUGACUAAAGAAGCAAAAUGGUUAUUUAUCCUUUUAUUCAUAUUGGUCAUUGCUUCGCGUGUUCAAGUUCUCAGUGCCAUUCACCAUCCAUGUCUAAAAUCCAUUCUAUUCCACUACUUUUCGAGGGAUCACUUGUGGUCAACAAUGGGGAUAUUUGUGGGGGAGGAUCAUUAAUUGCGGUCCAUUUUGGGGAUCAUUAAGCAGUCAGGGAUCAUUUGUGGUACUGCACAAUACUCAACUUGCAACAGACAGGUUUGGGCCCAGAACAGUGAUUUUGGUGCUGGGCUUGCAGGUGGACUUAACCAGAGGUUUAGUUUUGUCUGUGGUACAGUGAUACACUGAAAGCUCCUUUCCUUUACUCCACUCUACACUUAUCUUUUCUCUCUCUGCAUUGCUGGACCCAGCUCUGUUCUGUCUGCUGUGUUAGUUGCUUCAGUUGUCACUACAAACUUUUUUGUGCCUCUUUCACUCUGCCUGCUCUAGCCUGUCUACUUAAUCUGCUUUGUAAUUUUUUGCUUUUCCCUGCAGCACUUCUAAAGUCACUUAUUGUACAAACUUACACUAUAUGGUGAAAAUUGAAUAAGGCAUUGAAGAUAAGAGUACUAGGAACAGCCAAAUUCAUUCAGAUUGACCCAUCAAACAGUUGACUUCUUAAUUUUUCUGUUCUGUCCUGUUUUUAUGUACUUCAUCCUGCACAAGUCUUCUUUUCUCCACUCCUCUCUAUUCUCUACUUACUUGCUAUGGUCUGACAUCCCUUAGCCUACAGACUGACUCUUCUCUGCUACAAGUGUGUGCUCUGCUUGCCUUCUUCUUCAACCCCCUUCACUGUGUCUCUUCUUCUCUUGUACUUACUCUACUUUGCUGUGCUGUCACCUACGCAGCUCUGCCAUCACCUACUCUGCCGUACCCUCAACAACUUUGCUUCAGCCUCACCUAUUUCUCUGUACUCUACUGUACCUUCACCUUCUUUGCUCUGCCUUCACCCACUCUACUCUGCUCCUACGCUACUUUCACCAACUCUCUCUGCUCUUCGCCUACAUUACCCUACUCUUAUUAUUUUAGUACUCUUCUCUGCUCUAACCUGGUACUCUUCUGUAUUCUCACCUACCCUACCCUGCUCUUACGUAUUCUCUGUAAUCAUCUAACAUGGCUUGGCUCACGCUACUGGUGUACACGAGCAUAACACCGUGCCUUUUCCAUGAUUCCCGCUCAAGAAAAGGCAUGGUUUUUGUGCCAAAGCACAGGAAAAAAAAAACAUGCAAAGGCACAGAUUAGGCACCCUUUAGGCACAGUUGAGGCAUGUUUCAAAAGUUGCCAAGGUACAUUUUAGGGACAGUUUAUUCACGGUUUACCUGUAUGCACAAAAUUAAUAAUUAACAUUGGGCACUUUAUUGAAAAUCUUUGUAACCCGACUUGGAAAAAAGAACAAACUUGGUAUCAAUUACAAAAAUAAUUCAGAGCAAACACAAUACAGUAACUGUUAGAAUUAUAGCAAAUGUAAGUUUUGAGCCGCGGCAAAAGUCAAGAAAAUUUUAUGUAUUACUCCGAGGAUAAACUGGAAAUUCACAUGUGAUAUGGUCUGAACCUUUUCGAUUACCAUGCAAUUUAACAGAGCUUGAUUUGUGAAAAGUCUCCCUAAAAUAAAAGGGCGACCAAGUAAAAACUUUAACUUGGAGGGUUGCGAUCGUGGUAAAAUUGGCCUGAAUUUGCAUAAUAAUGUGAAAGGGGUAAUUUGAAACCUUCAUACCAACACAUCUUGUUUUUUUAAUGCAAAAUUCAGCUUCUUGUAAAUAUUUCUCUAAAAAGGUACAAUUUACACUUAGCAGCAAAAUAAUUCAAGCUGCUUGUUUGUUUUUGUUUUCUGGCUCUGUUAACAAAUUAAGCUUUGAUCAUAUAAUUAAGAAUGAGGCGUGCCAAUUUUGCUUGAAAUUUCAUCGGUGUACGAUCAAUAUAUUUUUCCUUUUCAUUUUGUCAUAUCAUGAGUAAAUUCUCUUUUUUAAUGCAAGUCUGCCCUCCUGAGAAAACAAAUAUUCCAUUCCAACUAAACACUCUGUUAUAGAAGGGGAGGAGAAGCCCAUUUGGAAAUUUUUUAACAUCAGUGGAAUUCUUGAACCGAUGAAGUGAUAUCAACAUGUAAUUGAGUUGAGCAGUGAUUUUAAAUACGCUAACCUGUUUAAGGCUCCAGUUUGCUGUUUGUCGGGGCUUUCCCUGCUGUCUUUAACCACAUUCUGAGUCAUGUUAUUCUUAUUAGUCAGUCCGUUUUCUAGACUUCUUAAACCUUAAAACUGACAUAAUUGCCACACGCACAUUUCUACAGUUCAAGCUGGAUAGGCUAGACACGGCGAUUUUCUGAGUGACUCAAUAUUUUGGCGCAACUUGUGCACAGAUUAGGUACAGUUUGGGCACAACUUAGGCACAAGUAAGGCACAGCCUAGGCACAAUUUUCAAAACUAAAAUGCACACUUUAUGCACAUCUUAGGCACAUUUUAGGCACAAAAUCUUUCUGCCAAAGCAUGCUCUAGAGUCCGUUUUUCAGUCCAACACAUGGUUUACAAAUUUUCACGUUCAAAAAUGCUUUCUAACCUUAGAUAUUUGAUCUUAGCAUAAAAAUGGGUCUCCUGAAGUCUUAACAGUUAGUCUAUAAGGAAGCUUUAACUUAUAAGCAUUCCAAAAAUCAUUUUAUUUUCUCCUCUUAACAACAAAAGAAAGUCAAUCAAAAGUAACCUUUUAAAUUGACGUUCGGCUGCACAGAGAUCAGAUGUAGACAGAACAUCUUUUUGAAAAUGCCCUAAACUUUGUUGCUUUGUAAUUAUGUUCAGUGAUUUUUAAUACAGUUAGUUCUCAUAAGUCACUCACUUCUGUGGAGAAAUUUUUCCAACAUACCAUAAACAGAAACAGAGAAAUCCCACAAUAUGCAUUGUUAGACUGUAAAUGUUACGCGUGCUGUUAAAAAAAUAAUGGUCCCAUUUUAAGCCAUAUUUUUCAUUUUUUAAUUAUAUUUCAGUCUUACAGCCAGAAAAAAAAUUCAAUGGAAAGCUGUUCAUAAACUGUAACUUCUUGCCAAUAUCGAUGAGAUCAGGGUUUUAAUAAGUUCACAAGAGCCAAAGGAUGUGAAAUUUUUAGCCAUCUACAUGGAUAGCAUGCGCCAGGCCUUAUGGCUCUAACCUAUUCUACACUACUCUAACUUGCUCUACCCUGCUGUAGCCUAGUCUACACUCUGCAGUGUUCUAACUGUCUCUACAUUGCUCUAACUUACCCUGCUCUAAUUAAUAAAACCUACUCUACUCUAUUCUAAUCUACUCUGCACUGCUCUAACCUACUCUUCUUCUCUAUUUUUAACCUACGCUACACCGCACUCAACUUUUCUAAACUGAACUCACCUACUCUGCUUUAAUCUAACUUACCAUUCAAUGCUCUAACCUACUCUACACCACUCCAAUCUACUCUACACUGCUCUAACUUACUCUACACUGCUCUAACCUACUCUACAUGGCUGCAACCUACUUCAAACUGUUCUAACUUACUCUACACUUCUUUACCUUACUCUACUCUAUUCUAACCUACUCUUCACUGCUCCAACCUACUCCAAACUGCUCUACCCAACUCUACUCUGAUCUAACAUACUCUAAACUGCUCUAACCUACUUCAAACUGCUCUAACUUACUGUACACUACUCUGACUUACUGUACACUGCUCUAACCUACUCUACACUGCUUUAGCUUAUGGUACACUAGUCUAACGUACUUUGAUCUACACUGUUCAAAUUAUUUUACUGUACACUGCUCUAACCUACUCUACUCUAAUCUAACCUCCUUUACUUUGCUCUGACCUACUCUACUCUGGUCUAACUUACUCUACAUGGCUCUAUCCUACUCUACUCUAUUCUAACCUACUCUUCACUGCUCCAAUGUACUCUUCUCUGAUCUAACCUACUCUACACUGUUUAACUUACUCUACACUGCUCUAACGUACUCUUCACUGCUCCAACCUACUCUUCACUUCUCCGACCUACUCUACACUGCUCCAAUCUACUUUUCUCUGAUCUAACCUACUCUACUCUACUCUACUCUCCUCUAUUUUGAGGAAAAUAAGAUAUUACAUAAUUCCCAAAUUGGCUUUUUGCCUGAAAACCUCACUGCAGACUAUGUUUUCACUCUAAGGACCCUAAUAGAUAAAUAUGUCAUUAUCACAAGGAAAAAGUCUACGCUUGUUUGUAGAUUUCCACAAAGCGUUUGACUCUGUUUGGCCCGAAGGAUAAAAACGAAUAUUGGAGGAAACUUGUACAACCUCAUGAAAAGUGUUAUUGUAACUCAACAUGUUCCAUCAAAAUCGGUGAAAACAAAACUCAGCCUUUUUCAUACUCCAGAGGUGUACAUCAAGGCCGUAUUCUAAGCCCUCUUUUAUUUAACCUCUAUUUAAACAAUCUGCCACAUUUAUUCGAAAACACCUUAUCUUUACCCAUUUGUUCUUCCAAAUGGGAAAAAAAAUAAAUUCACUUUUGUACGCAGAUAAUUUAGUUAUUCUAUCAAGAUCGAAAACUGGAUUACAGAACUGUUUAAAUGCGCUUUCCUUGUAUUGUGACAAAUGGAAGUUAAAAAUUAAUCCCAAGAAAACAAAAAUUAUGAUAUUCCAGAAACACCCAAAAAAGUCUAUUGACAUCAAAUUCAACAAAGGCAGUCAGUCAAUUGAAAUUGUCCAAGAAUACACUUAUUUAGGUACAUGUUUAACUCCAACGGGAAACUUUACCCUUGCACUUGAACCCUUAAAAGAAAAGGCCCUUCACACGUUUUCUAGUAUUCGGAAGCGGACAAUUCUUAACAAACUUAAUCCUAAUACUGCAUCCCAAAUUUUUGACAGAAUGGUAUUCCCAAUCUUGAGUUACAACAGUGAGGUAUGGGGAAUGUACACCAAGCGAGAUUUUAAAAAAUGGGAUAGCCCCCCAAUAGAAAAAAUUCACCUCAAAUUUUGUAAACGUUACUUAGAAGUUAACAAUAAGGCCUCUAACGUAGCUUGCAGAGCUGAACUUGAUAGAUUGCCGCUGCUUAUCUCGACAAAUCAGAAAAUUAUGAAAUAUUUUGUUUACCUCAACAACAAAGAUAAUGACUCUAUAGUCAAACAGUCUUUCCUUAUGUCAAUGAAUCCACAUUCUAUGAAUAAUUCCUGACAAUUAUUUCUCCAAUUUCAUAAACAUAUUUGUUAUAAUAAUAAUAUUUAUUAUUUGUAUUGCGCCUUUUCUAUAAAAUAUUCAAAAGCGCAUCACAAUAAUAAUUAAUAACUAAAUUUUACAAAUCUUUCUAUCAUAAAUCUUAAAAAUAUUUACAUUGAAAUGAGUAAAAGAUAAUUCAGAUAUAUAACAAUUAUUCACCGAAGUGGAGGUGGCUAGUCCUGGAUAUUUACCGAACUGCGAAGCAGUGAGGUAAAUAUCCUCGACUAGCCACCGACUCUGAGGUGAAUAAUAAUUGUUUUAGCAUAUACUAAAACAGUGAGAUAAUUGAGUACAAAAACGACGAUUUUUAACUCAAAUACUGUUGCCAACGAUUACAAUUUUGGCGCGUAAUGACCAGGCGGCGCGGCCGUCGCUUUUUCUUGCCAGCAACUAAAACUUUUGAAGGCAUUUGUUUAGCUCUUGCGGGGAAAUUUCUUCAAAGGAGUUGUGAAUUCUUUUUGUAUUUAAAAUCAUUCUAUAAAAAAAGAUUAUCAAAUUUAGUUUUAAGCUUAUUUAUGAACAACUCAACUAAAUAAAGUAAGCAAGACUUAAGCUUCAUUUGCAUUUCUAAACAAAAAACUUUUUCACCGGUUUUAUCGAUAAAUUCGUGUCAAAAAGACAAAGCUUUACCUGUUAAAACUUCCAAUCCGAACUUCGUCACUUUCUUCGUGUAUUUCGGAGACAGCUUGCUUGAUUAGUUGUGAAAUUUUUUUUGUUUGUUUACGGCAGCGAACCGGGAAGGCAUUUUGCUCGCAACUUACGCGAGUUUGGCGUCGCUCGCUCGGAGGAAUUGAAGGUGAAUCAGUGAAUAGUGCAGGAUAGUCACCGAUUGAGUAGCCAAUCAGAGCGCGCGAACACUAUCCACUGUUUUAGUAUAUACUAAAACUAAUUAUAACUCUGAUGGGGCAUGGAUAUUUGUGGUACCUAGCAACACGCAUGCUCUGUGAUAUUGUGCGUCCGCAUUGUUAAACCACAUCUUUGCCAACACCCAAGUGUACCAGGGAUCGCUGGGAAGAAACACCUGACAAAGGAAACAAAUAAAUAAGAAAAAAAAAGUAACAAACUAAUAAACGUAACUGAUUGCAAAUAUAUAUAUAUAUAUAUAUAUAUAUAUAUAUAUAUAUAUAUAUAUAUAUAUAUAUAUAUAUAUAUAUAUAUAUAUAUAUAUAUAUAUAUAUAUAUAUAUAUUAUUGAGUAGCCAAUCAGAGCGUGCGAAAAACACUAUCCACUGUUUUAGUAUAUACUAAAUAUAGAUAUAGAUAAACUAAGAUAACUGAAAUGAUUUCUUAUAUAAAAAUGUCUUAAUUAAAGUCUUAAAAGAUUCUAAGUUCGUUGCUUCGCGCGCAGACCUUGGCAGCUUAUUCCAUAGGAAAGGAGUAGCUACCUGGAAAGCUCUGUCUCCCGUUGUUUUCUUGGUUUUCGCACUGGGUCUUUCCAACAAACGACCAUUGUCAUUGUGCCUCAAAUUGUAGGACAAAGGCUGUUGAAUACUAAUAAAAUCUGAAAGGUACUUAGGUGAUAGGCCAUGCAAAAUUUUAAAAGUUAUCAAGAGUAUCUUAUAAUGAAUCCUGGAGCACACUGGUAACCAAUGUAAUUCUGCGAGUAGAGACCAGAACUUGUGCGCGCGAUAUAUAAGUCUUGCACUCGCAUUCAUAACACAUUGCAAUUUCCUAGUCUGAUAUUCCGGGAUUCCAUAUAAAACAAUCGAAUUGAACAAAACAAUCUAACCAGUUUAGAUGCUGAAUCUCUAGAUAAUGAUAAAAUUAGACGAUAUACCACAGAAAUGAGAGAGAAAUAUCUAUCUUUUUGGUGGCACAGCCUUGAAAAUUCAAAAACACUAGAAUUUUAUAAAACUUUUAAAUAUGAGUAUUCUACAUCCGAUUAUCUCUACCGGCUAAGACAUUAUGAUGAAAGACAGAAUUUUGUUAAAUUAAAAAUAAGUUAUCACAAACUUAUAAUUGAACAUGGUCGAUACCAAAUAGAUCAUUGCCAAGAGAAAAUAGAUUAUGUCCCUUAUGUAACUCAAAUCAGGUAGAAUAUGAGAUUCAUUUCUUCUUUCAAUGUAAUAAUUACUCAGUACAGAGACAGGCAUUUAUUAAUCAAAUCAAUCGAAUAAUACCAGACUUUGACAAGAAAUCAUUUCCAGAAAGCAUAAAACUGAUAAUGAAUUCAAAGGAACAUAAUGUAAAUAAGUUAGUUAUGAAGUUUCUUUCCUCCUGAAUGAAAAUAUGUGAUUCAUUGUUAGUAAUGUAACUGAAUUUUUCCAGAUUAUUAUUAGUGCUGUUUUUUUUUAUAUUUUGGUUGUCAUAUGCACGCUUUUGCAAUACUGUACAAUGAUGCGGUCAUGCAAAUAAAGCAAUUUAUUACUAUUACUCUGAUCUAACCUACUCUACACUGCGCUAACCUACGCUACUCUGGUCUAACCUACUCCAAACUGCUCUACCCUACUCUACUCUGAUCUAACCUACGCUACACUGCUGUAAGGUAUUCUACACUUGUCUUCAGGUGGCUCAAUGGGCCGGGUUUUUCAGGGUCAAUAUCUCUCAAGUUUGAGCAUACACUUUGUCGCUAUUAAUACAAUUAGGAUUUGGGAAAAUUACCACCCCAGCAUUAUUAGAUAAAGAUGAAAAAUUGUUAUGAUCAGGGUUACAAUGACAUUGGAGUUGUCAUAGUGACAAAAUGAUGCCAUUAGCUAUUUUACUUGCAGCCAUAUUUCUUGACACUGGGAAUUCUUAAUUCUUCCAAAUAUCGUUGACAAGAGCUUUUUCCUCCAAAAGCCACCAGAGAAGAGCUUUUUUAGAGCUUGUUAGUUAAGUUAAAUCAAAAUCUACAAGAGCGUUAUCAAGAUGUUUUGGCAUAAGUUUUUAUGGUUAGAAAUACAGUAAAAACUGGACAAUCUUCAUGUUCGGCUGUUAUCUGUAGAAAUCAAAGUGCUUUUGAAAUGCAGUUUCACUUCAUAGUAGUUGCAAUCUUUUAAGAGAGAAGGCUUUGAUUAGUACAUGUAUGUAUCAUGGGGUUCUUGUUGGCAGUUUUGUAAACAUUUUGGUCUACUUAAACAAUAAGCAAAUAUUUGAAAACUGUUCAAUAGAUUUUUUGUAAAAAAAUGGAGAUUCUUGAGAUUAACAGCAGUAACAAUGCAUUUGAAAAUAAUAUGGAGAAAUGUUAGAUAUUUUUCUGCAUGAAAAAUUAAUCAAUAUUGAAACUUGGAGACAAUACCCCUAAAUAAUGAUAGGCUCUCACUAGUGAACAUGAAAUUUCUGAAAAAAAUUAGCAAAUUGUAGUGCUUAUUUUACUGCCUUACAAGGUAUCAACAAUAUUACAGUUGACUCCCGAUAACUCGAACCUUCAAGGGAAACUGAAAAAAGUUCCAGUUAUUGGGAGUUGAUUUAUCGGGAGCUCAAAGAAAAUAGCCGGGAGUAAGGAAAAGAACAGUUCUUACUGCACAGUGAACAUUUCAAUCACAUUUAAUUGUAGAAAUGUUUAGUGAAACUUAAAAGAUACUUUUAGAUCAUAAAUCAGAAGGUAUCAUUUACAACAAAACAUCGCAGGGCUGUGCUCUAGCAGAGCCCGGUGGCCCCUGGUGCCUGACUUUUGCCCUCGGGCGACAAGAAAAUCUCAGAUUUUUCAUACAAAUCAUAUGCUGGGCACCCUAGAUUUUACAGUUUCAGAGCACUGGGCUCCCUUCAAUUUUCCUUAGAGCACAGCCUUGCAUUGCCUAAACAGAAUAUGUGUUUUACUGUUUUGAAAAGUAAAGCUGUUUCAUGUUAGAUUUGUGACAAUCAACACCAGCCUCGACAAGUAAACUAUACUCCUAUGGCGUGUUAAUUGGAAAUUCAAUAUUCAAUGUUUCAGACGCCAGUGGACUGUUUUUUUCCUGACUUUUUAAAGGCUCAAAACAUAGUUUGAGUUAUUGAGGGUAAAAUUUUAUAGAAGGGAUCUGAGUGGAAACAAAAACUACUUAGUGUUAGCAAGAGGUUCAAGUUAUCGAGGGUUUGAAUUACCGAGGGUAAAAUUACAGUAAAUGUAUGAUGGAAAUCCACAGGAGAAAUCAAUUUUGGUUCAAGUUAGCGUGAGGUUCGAGUUAGCAACGGUUCGCGUUAUCAGGAGUCAACUGUAAAACUCAAAGGUUAAUCUCAAGAAUCUCAAAUCUAUCGAGUGGUUUUCAAAUUAUUCACUUAUAUGUUUACAACCAACAAAAUGUUUACAAAACCGCUAACAAGAGGGCAUCUUCAAUACAUAUGUACUAAUCAAAUCCUUCUUUCUAGCAAUCGGCUAAAGCUACUGUAUCUCCAUGAUUUUUCACACACAUGUUUAAGGACUGAAACUACUAUGAGGUGAAAUUGCAUAUCAAAAGGGCUUCGUUUUGUACAGAUAAUGGCUGAACAUCAAGAUUGUCCAGUUUUUACUUUAUUUCUAACCUGAAAAACCUCAUCCCAAAACAUCUCAAUAACGCUCCUGUAGAUUUCGAUUUAACUUAACUAACAAACUCUAAAACAGCUGUUGGAACAAUUUUGGAAAAAGAGCUCCCAGUGCCAUGAAAUACGGCUGCAAGUACAAUAGGUAAUGGCGUCAUUUUGUUGCUAUGACAACUCCAAUGUCAUUGUAACCCUGAUCAUAACAAAUUUUCAUCUUUAUCUAAACAGCUGUGGUGGUAAUUUUUUCAAAUCCUUGUUAAUGGUUACAUGGUUAAUACUCAAACUUGGGAGAUAUUGACCCAGGAAAACCUCAUAGAGCCACCUUAAUCUACUCUACACAGUUGUAACCCACUCUGCUCCAGUCUAACAAUUCAUACUCUGCCCUCAUCUUACCUACCCUACACAGCUCUAACCUACCCUUCUGUAACCCGUUAUACAUGUAGUCUGCUCUGUCCCUCCUACUUUUUGUUGUCCUUAACCCUUAAAGCCCCAAUAUCCACAUACAAAUUCUCCAUUCACAUCUCCAUACAUUUCCUUAAAGAAUUGGUUAAGAGAAUUUGUUUGUAGAGCAAAGCUUUUCACAUCAGGUGAUCAUUUUAUUAAUUCUCACAACAUUUUCUCUUGAUUAUACAGAGGAAAUUACAUGGCCGAGUGGAGACACGAAAUUUCUCUUCGAGUUUUGAAACAUUUUUCUUGAGUGGGUGCAGCGAACGAGUGAAAUAUUUUUUCAACACGAGAAAAGACAUUUCAUAUCUCCAAGCGGCCAUGUAAUGUUCUAUUUAUUAUAUGAACACCAAUGAACUACCAAACCGUUUCACUUUAAUAGUUUUUUGGUGUGAAAGGCACGAUUUAUUAUGUAGCCAUAGCAAUGGUGAUAUUUUCACAUGUGAAGAUAACAUUGUUAUUUUCACAUGUGAAGAUAUGAAGUUUUGGCGCGAAAGCUCACCUGGUAUUUCAUUGGUGUUUUUCUAAUAAAUAGUGAUAUUGUUAGGAGAAUAUUGACUUUGGUCACUCUUGGGUCUUAAGGGUUAAACACCCUUCUAUGUCCUCCUCUUCUCUGCUGCUAUUUUUCUUUCCCUUCAUUGUCAUUAGACUGUCAGCUAAAAAAUAAUUAAUAUUAAAAUUGAUAAGCACUGCUGUGCUGUUUUGAGUUAAUUAAAACAAGCAUCAGCUGCACUUAAUUUUGUCUCAAACAUAAAGCUGUAUCUUGAACAAAGUUAGAAGUUUUUACAAGUGUUAUUCUUUAAAAAGUUUGGUUAGCUCAAAUUAAUUUUUAUCUAUUAUUUUCUGUUAGUGAUGGACUACUGGCACAUUGUAAAUACAUAAUAAUUAUUUGGGAGCCUGGAUGAAGAGGGAUAAGAUUACAACCUGAACAACAAGAUGCAACCAGAAAACAAGGCAGCAAGAAAAGCAGCUCUGAAGACAAGGUAAACAACUCUCCUAACUUACUUACAGUAAUUUAUUGUACACGCAUGCAAUGUGUGACUUAGUCCCUUAAAGGCAUUAAUGUUACCUUUUUAUUAUUGCUUAGUUUUCUCGUCCUUUUAAAAUCUCAAAAUUUCUUUGUUGUUCAGUUUGUUUCUACAGUGUAAGUUUGUUUUCUUAAGGUUAUUGUUUUGGAACCUUUUUGGGUGGUGUGUUUUAGUGGAGGGUGCAAUUUGCAGGUUACAGGUUGCAGAUCAGAGUUUGUUAUUUGACGAAAGGUCAGUCUGGAGGUGUCAUGCUUAAAUAUACUUCCAAUAAGGAAAAAAAAAAGCCGCAUACCUCGAGAGUGCAACCCCAGACAUUGACAGGCUGGUGAUGUUAUUCGUCACGAUAAUUAUCUGUAACAACGUGUGACACUAUGGCAAUCGGUUUAUGGAAAUGAUUCUUACGAAAGAGGAAGUGGGUGAAUGUAGCAUUUACAGACUAUGAAAACAAAGUACCUUGAAAGAGCAUAGAAAAAUGCUUGGAAAAAGGAAGUCCCAGUGAUCAUCAAAAAAAAAAAAAAAAUUCAGACGCCGGCAGUUUAGAUCGAAGGAACACCAAAAGAAGGUGGUGGGAACCCUAUCUUUUUACUGGGAUCACAAAAAUCCAGUUGCAGGAUGAAAAUUGUUCAGAAAACUUUUCUCUUUGUUUUUGCUGUUUUACACUUAAAAGCUGUUGAAAUUCUCCGCACUCAACUCUUAUACACUGUAUAUUAUGGCUUAGAUUCGAAUGAGAAAUAAAUUAACACAGCCUCCACUGCUCAGUAUCCGAUCUUAAACUGAGUUAUAACUUUGGCUUCGUCCAUACGAAACCUUGUUUCUUUUAUCUAAAAUAAUUUGACUCUUUUUGAAAUUCUGACCUGCAACCUGCAAUCUGUAAAUUACACCCUCCGUAUUUUUAGUCUGCACUGAGUUGGUCACUUGGAUAGUUAAAUGGUUAGUCAGUCAGUUUUAAAUUCGUCCUUAAGCUUGAGAAUUUAAAUUGUGGUAAUGUAAACAGCAUUUAAUUUCUUUGCCAGAUAAACUUUUUUUCAAAAAAUCAAUUAAUUAGAGGGAAAGGUACUGUCUUUUACAAAUCAAUUGCAAGUAGGUAACUUAUAAAUCAGAUGGUGAUUGAAGGUAAAUCUUUUAGCCACACUGUAGGUAGUUAUUUAGCAUGGUUUAACUUGGUAGCCCAGGUCAGUGUGACAGAUAAAAUUACAUUAAGUUUGCUGUGGCUUACUAUGUCAUCUCCAACAAUGUUCGGAUUAUUAUUAUUUAACUGCAUUACACCUCUUCACCUUAUUCUUAGCUGCGGGCAACAUAAGUUGCAAUGAAGCUAGCUGUUCUUGCAGCGAGUUGUUACAAAUUGGAAAGUCAAAUCAGAUCAAAUCAAAUCACUGGUUUAUCGUCCCUUUUGCAGUCAGAAGACUGAAUUGUAGGGUACCUUACAAGCUGUGAUAUACAUACUAAUAUGCUACAUUUAUUGACAAGAUUGAUAUUUAACACUAACAAAAUUUGAGAAACGUUCAGUCCUUGUGGCCAUGGGCCUGCUAGAAUCCCUUGAUCUUAGACACACACUGGUAGAUAUAGGUACCACUCUUUUGUGUAUUAAAGGGUACAACGGGUUACCUGGCCGAACCUUACCUAUAAAUUUAAUACACAAGACUGCCCGACGGUCAGAAAUAGUGGAUAAUGCAGCUUUGUCACGUGCUGUUUCAUACGAAAUACCAGGCCAAAUGGUGAAAGGGCCCUUUUUUGCACGUUCUCAAGAUAGCAAGCAAGAUACUUAAACAAGCCAGGGAAGACAGUGGAGGCCGACUUUAGUAUAGAGCGCAUUAGCACGCAGUAGAUAUGAACAAUAUCAGUUGACGGAACUUUGCACUUCUUGAGUUGUCUCGGUACAUAAAGCCAUCUGUUGGCCUUCUUCACUAAAGUAGAAGACAAAAUCAAUGGUUCCUGUAAUGAUGCUUUAUAAUCUUUAUUGAUAUAGAUAUUAAUGAUUAUGGAUUGGUCACAACUUUUUUUCUCUAUCAAUUUUUAUCAAUUUUUUUAAUUUGUAGAUAGUUAUAGAGUGUUAGCCAUUAUUGACUUUUUUGAUUUCACUCAUAAGGAAGUGAAAUGUUGAGCAACAGGAUACUCAGGGGUGUUGUUUUAUAGCCUUAUAUCAACUGUUCUGCCACUGAAAAUUAAUGACGGUUAGCCAGUCUAACAGGCAGUCAAUCAAUUAAUUGAUCAUUGAAUAAAUCAUUCAGUCUAUCAUUGACAUACAAGGAUUUGGCCUCCAUAGUGGUAUUGAGAAACUGUUGUUUCAGGCACUAGACGUUAAAUUCUUAAGAACUAUUUUGCUCCUCAUUAACUGAAUUGAUAAUUAAGCCCAAUCUGUGAAUGUACAGUCUGUCAUUCUGUCAAUCCAAUGGUUAUUCUGUCGGUUAAUCAGUCAGUUAAUCAAUCAAUCAAUCAGUCAGUCAGCCAGUCAAUGUAACUAUCAGUAGGUAUACAGGUGAAUCAAACAGCCACCCAGUCAGCCAGUCAGUGAGUCAGUCAGUGAGUCAGUCAGUGAUUCAGUCAGUCAGUCAGUCAGUCAUUCAAUCAAUCAAUCAAUCAAUCGAUCGAUCAAUCAGUCAAUCAAUUAAACAUUAUUAGUCAUUCAGCCAAGGAAACGGUCAAUUGGUCAAUUAGUCAAACAGUCAGUUACUCAAUCAAUGAAAGAGUCAUUCAGUUAGUUUGUCACCAGUCAAUAUUUCAAACUAGUUAGUCAGUGAGACAAACAGUCAAUCAGCCAAUCCAACAGGUAUUCUGUCAGUUUUUUAAUCAAUCAUGCAGUCAAUUGAACAGUCAACCAACUAACCAAUCUAACAGUCAGCUAAUGAAACUUCCACUGUCAUUCAAUCAGUCAAACAUUAGUCAGUCAGUCAAUAAAACCUCUCAGUUGGUCAAUAGACAAUCAAACAGUCAGUCAGUCAAUCAAUCAGUUGGUCAGUCAGUCAAUUAGUCAGUCUGCCUGUAGUCAGUCAGUCAGUCAGUUAGUCAGUCAAUCAGUCAGUCAGUAAGUCAGUCAGUCAGUCACUCUGUCAGUCAGACAGUUGGUUAGUCAGUCAGUCAGUCAGCUAGACAGUCAGUCAGUGGAUCAAUCAAUUUAAUCAACAGUCAAACAGUUUUCUGUUUAAUCAUUUGUAUAAUUAGUUGAUAAUUUAUAGCUAGCUGACUGGUGGCUUGAAUAGGGCAGUUCGUAGGAAAGUGGGCUGUGUUUGGUUUAUAAAUUUAAUCACAUGGUUGAGCUUUCAUGAGUUAGGUGUUUAAACAUGGUAACACACACACAAAAAGAAGUUUGUUGAAUGUGAAUAGCUUUUGAUUUGGAGGCGGGGGGGGGGGGGGGGGUUGGACCAAGUUUAGAUUUGAAUAGGCACGGGGUGAAUAAAAGAACAGGGGAAAUAAUGUUUUAUAAGCUUCAAAAAAUUAUGUGUAUCAGUGAGGCUGCGCAGUCUUUUUUUUUUUGUUGCGUUUCCGUAUAUGUGGUUGUGUGUGUAUGUUAGUGGAGUUGUAGUUUUUGUUUUUUUUAUUAAUAUUAGUUUAUAGUGUUGUUUGGUUGUAUAAGAUUAUUUAUAAAGAACAGAAAAACAAAAAAAAAGAAGGGUGGUUGGGGAGGUGGGAGUGGGUUGGGGGGGGGGGGGGGGGGGGGGGGGGGGGGGGGGUUAGACUACGUGUAGAUUUGAAUAAGCACAGUGCUAAUACAAGACAGCGGGAAAUAAUUCAUUAUAAGCAUUACACUAUUCAGCUUCUCUAUGAGUACCUGGGGAUGUUGUUUUCGUUGUGCAUUUUCCAUCAAAUAGUCAGUUUUUCAAUGAAAUUGUAACUCAUCAAGAUGUUGAUGGUGAAAACAAUAAAAUAACAUUUUUAAUUAAAUGCAAGAGCUGUAAUAAGCAAACCAAAAGCUCUGAGUUUGCAGCAGUGACACUUUUUGGCAGAUUUCUCUGCAUUCAUCACAACACUCACCUAACAUCAAACAUGAUUGGAAUGGCAAUGCAGUCAUUGCUUUGAUCUUUAAAAGAUUGUUGUUGCAUCAAUGGCGAUAGUCACGACUGAUUUUGUGGGAAUUACCAAUAGACAGCAGUCUCCACUCUUAGGGCGAUGGAAGAGAUGUUUGCCUGUCACAUUUAAUUAGUAGAUUAGCCUACUCCCACUAACUUUUCUUUACCUAUGACUUAACAUUACAUCUUUUGUUAGAAGCAGUUACCCUGUAUUAUAAAAAUAAUGUAAAAUGAAUUUUUUUUUCUUCUCCAAUAGAGUGGUACAUCAAUCAGCUGGCUGGAGGACAUCAUCUGUGCUUGGUCAUCAUCUUCACCCUUCGACCACUGGAGUGGACGAUCGAGACAUCCAUGGGGAUUUCUUUCCAGACACUAUGAUUUUAUAUCAGGUUGA